AUGCCGCCACAGGUCAGCAUCGACCUCACGGAGGCACCGCGCUCUCCUACCAACGUCAUUGUGAUUUCCGAUUCCGAUGAGGACGGCGCAUACAAGCGUCCGACGGCUGUCGGAUCGAACUCGGACGACGAGCAAAUCGUUCUGACAUCCUGGAGAGGAGGGUCUAAGCAGAAACGCCUGUCCAAUUUCGCGGGCAGGCACGACAUUGCCAGUACUAGCGCAAGUGCCAGCGUCAGACCUCCCGCUCCUCAGUUCGACCGCGCCACAAACCGAGCAAGCUCAUCCAGGGCGUCAGCCCUACCCUCCGAACUACCUGAUCGCGCAACACUUUCAGCCGAGCACGAUGAGCAUCACGGAUCAGCCCCGCUUGCCAGACGCGCUACUUCAAGAGGUGAAGUCGGCUCGGUGCAAGGGGUCGGGUUUCGCAGUCUUGCGACAUCGUCUUUAGAUCCCUCUCAAGCGAGGAACCCCUCGUUGUCAGAGACGGCAGCUCUGGCGACAGGAUCUGCGUCAGCCCCCUCGCAAGCCUCACGCAUUUGCACACUCAAGCUUGGAGUGGAUGCGCAGAGUAGUGCCAACGCUAUACGUGCUCAAUGUGGAAAGCAACUUCGAGUGCAUCUUUCAGGUGGAUCAUUGGCAGUGGAUGCGCCAGGCAGCAUCCACAAUUCUGGACCUGUACGCUUGGGCAGCGUCGUGGGCGCCGAGUACAGGUCGAUGAUUGACAUCGUGCACAGCAGGGCCUCCAUUCAGCUCGAGUCCUUCAUAGUAGAUGUGUCCAGCCUACCCGAAACAUUCAGCAUUGGCAUCGACCUCUCUACACCCGCUGAGCAUGCAGCUGAAUGCCUCAAACGUGUCAGAAGCCUCGUCAGUCGUCUAGCGCCUCGUGACAAGCUCGUCUUCCUCAAUCCAAAUGGGGAUGGCCCGUCAGCUGCUGACUUUGCACAAGAAGCCAAAAAAGCAGCGCUGAGGAGAGGUGGCGCGGAUGCACCGUAUCAUGGGACGCCAUCGCGCAUCGAGAUCAGAGACCGCACUUCUCCGUCCGUUCAUCCAUCCACGAGUGCGUCAGGAUCUGUGGAAGCCCCACGCUUUGGAGGAGACGACGGUGUCGAUGAUCUAAGCCGCCUGCGUCAAGAGUUGCAGGCUGCCGACAAGACCAGACUGGUCGACUCCCGGAGGCGCAUGGGGAGCACACAAGUCUUUCACGAGGGCCUUACAAGAGCUCAAGACGUGGUCAACGCAACAGCUGCGACAGAAGGGCCCAAGUCGCCUCCAAAGCAGAGCACGCUCAAUGCCUUUUUUGGCUCGGACCGAUCGCGUGCGCAAGGACCGAGUCCACAGGACGACCAUGACGUCUUACCCCAGCACGCAUCCCGGUCGACGAAGCCUGAGCCAGGCCCCGCUGCCUCCUCCUGGAGUGCGCGUCUCGCGGAGGGAUACCAAUGGGCCACCAACGCUGUUAAUGAUGCUCUGCAAGCGCACGCGGCCAACUCACACCGCGCUGCCUCUGCUACUUCAGACAACCCUCUGCCUCUCCCAAGGCGGCAUGUGAAGAUUGAUGGCGAACUUGUAGAGGUUGACGCCGAUCCAGCCGAAAUCAGCGCUCAAUUUCACCACCCGCACGAUCAGCAAGGACCGUCUUCGCGACCAGGUCAACUCGAGGAACUGCUCAACACAAUGGCGCAGAAUCAAUAUCGAGGACCAGACGCAAUGUCUGCUCUGUAUGGCGAGGAAGCUGCCUUUGACGUGGCGCGGCUGCCAAAGUACGCGGAUCCGCAUGCCUUGCGCCGUCGUGGCUUGGUGACGCAACUACAUAUGCACCAGUUGCAGGGCCUGCGAUGGAUGGUUGCUGCCGAGCACCGCAAGAUGCCCACCACAAAAGAUGAUCAGCAGCUGCUGUGGGUGCCGCGGUGGGACGCCCGCAAGAACCUCUACUGGUGGCACUUGGCGAAGGAAGAAGCUACGCGCAGACGACCUGUGCUGCCCAGAGGCGGCAUUCUUGCUGAUGGCAUGGGUCUCGGAAAGACACUACAAAUCAUCGCUCUAUGCUUGUCUGACAAGGAUGGCGCAGGCGCCGAGAAGCUCGAAGAAGUGGCCGUGGACCCUCGUCAUUCAAACCCAAGCAUCAAGCACGAGGUGACUCCCUCUACGUCAGCCUCCGCAUCGACGCCUCUCAAGGGAGCGAGAAUCUUCGACUUGACCUUUGCUUCCUCAUCAGGCACCGAUUCAGACUCAGAUGAGCGCGCGACGAUCAAGCGAUCGGUCAAGAAAUCGAAACUCAAAUCGCAGACAGAGAAUGUCCACGUCAGGAAGAAGCAGACGAAAAGGAAAGAUCGCUGGAGUGAUACUACGCUCGUGGUGUGUCCCUUGUCAAUAGCGAAUCAGUGGCUCGAGCAGAUCGAGACGCACACUCGCGGUAUAAAGGCGAUGGUUUAUCAUGGUCCGACGGCGAUCCGGCAAACCGAAAGCUUUGAGGAGUACGACAUCGUCAUCACCACUUGGGAUACCCUCAAAAAUCAGCACAAGCCGAUCCUGCAGGCGCGCGCAGCAGUCGAGCUUGAGGCCGAGUACAAUGCGACAAUCCUGCCUCUCGAGGACGAGCUGCAUGACGCAAUCGCACGUCGGAGGGCUGUUGGUCUGACAACUGAUCAGCUAGCUGAAAUAGAAGCUGACAUCGAGAUGCUCGAAAGCAGCAUUCAGCGUCUAAAAAAGGAGCUGAAAGAGGCUGCAGAAGCUGCUUCUAAGCAAGUCAAGAAAAGAAGGCAGACUGCGAAGGAUCGGUCCAGCAAACGCCGCAAAGGGAAGGCCAGAGCCACUGCUGCGACCAGGGUUUAUGAGACGGACAGUGACUUUGGCGCUUCGUACGACGACACGCCACUGUCUGACACAGCUUCGGCUGCGGAUGUUCCAAGAUCUCCAGGAGCACUGGGGAACGACUUCCAUCAAGCGUCGGGUCUGCUAUACACGACGCUAUGGAGGCGCGUUGUGCUUGACGAGGCACAUACAGCUCGCAAUCACAAGACGGCCGUCUUCAACUCGAUCACUGACCUCCAGACCGAACGCAAGUGGAGCGUGACCGGCACGCCGAUCGUGAACGGCACAAAGGACUUGGGCACACUAUGUGCGUGGCACGGUUUAGAGCCCUUCUGUGACGAUACCAGAGCUUGGACGAAUGGUAUAGAGCGCAGUAUCCGCCACAAUAAUGGCAACGGUACGCGCCUGCUCAAUGCCAUCGUGCAGACUCUGGUCUUGCGUCGAGUCAAGGCGAUGAAAGGCGACGAUGGACGUGCCCUGGUGGAACUUCCACAAAUCGACGUGUUCCAACACACUAUACCUCUACGCGAAGCUGACAGAACCUACUACGAGCUUUGCGAGCGCGCGAUGCAGGAACACGUCCAGAUUUGGAUUCAACGAGGGGUCCUGCGUGAAGAGCGGUCAAACGUUCUCGUCUUCCUGAUGUGGCUCCGACAGCUCUCUUGCCACAGAAGCUUGGUGUCUCCUGACCUACUAGAGCAGCUCAAGACACAUGACUGGUCGAAGCGCGCGGAAAUUGCCAGCAAUUCUGCAAGACUGUCUGCAGCGGACAGAGAGCGACUUCAGGCCAAGCUCGAAGCCGCCGUCUCCGCCAGCGAAGAGUGUCCUAUCUGCUUGCAAGCUCUCUUCACUAACGAGCCCGUCAUUACACCGUGCUCUCACGUGUUCUGCAAAGAGUGCAUCUCAACUAUCAUAGCGGGACCCAGCGCUAAAUGUCCGCUAGAUCGCAAGCCCUUGAGUAAGGCUACGGAGCUGGUCGCGCUCCCGCCUCCCCAAGCCGAGAAGACCGAACAAGCUUCGCCGGUGAUCCCUAGCGAAAGUCAGGAUGCGCAUUGGACGGCAGAGGGUGGAAGCGCAAAGCUCGACGAGAUACUGCGCAUUCUGCAAGGCUUGGAGGAACAAGACCCUACAGAGAAGAUCCUCAUCUUUUCCAACUUCGCCAAGCACCUAGACGUCAUAUCAAAGCGACUCAAAGAGGAGGACAUUCCUCAUUGCCGCUUUGACGGAAGCAUGAGCAAGCAGCGUCGUGAGCUCAGCCUUGCGAGCUUUCGCCGACCGUUGGCUGCAGAGAGCAUACGUCUUCGGAGACCUCGGGGGCCGAGCACCUUGCCCGCCGUGACCGCCGGAGCAGCUGAGCAGAAGGGAUCUUAUCGCGUGCGCCGCUUACUUGCCGAGUUGGACCUGCGCCGUGCUCAAGGCAACUCUAGGAACCAGCCUCGGGGAUCACGAGGUGUGUCGGCGAUCAGUCAAGCAGCGAAAGACGAACAAGAGGGCAUUGGUACCACUGUUCCGCGCGUCAUGCUACUCACUAUUGGUGCAGGAUCACUGGGUCUCAAUCUGACAGCAGCCAGCGUUUGCAUCAUCGUUGAUCCGUGGUGGCAGAGCGCCAUCGAGCAGCAGGCUGUUGAUCGUAUCCACAGAAUUGGACAGACUCGUCCGUGCAAAGUCUUUCAUUUCAUUGCUCAGCGCACGAUCGAGAACCGCAUGCAGGACAUUCAAGGGCAAAAGGAGCAACUCACUGCCACGGCUUUCCAAAGCUUCACCGCUAAUGGCCGCCGAGUUGCUGAAUCUCGAGCCAGACGUGAGACUGGGCUCGGCGAUCUCGCACAGCUCUUGGGGCUCUCUGCAGACUAUGUGCGCAUGGCGCGCCAGCAGCAAUAG